AUGUCUGACUCCAACACCCCUGCGGAGGUUCAGGGAGCCGGUAGGAAGACUCUUGCUGAGCUUAACCACCCAAUGAAUUAUACCCACUCGGCUUUCAAGGAGCAGAGGCCAGCAAAUGCGGAAGAACGCCAAGCGUACUUGUACGAUCGGAGGAUGAUAGAGGACCUCACCAGUGAAUACAGCUACAGAGUUGAUGCCAGCUUGGCCAAGACUCGCAACUACGGGGAUCUAAACAAGCUUUUCACCGACGAUGCGGAGGUGACUUCCCCUCGUGGGAAGUAUCAGGGUAAUGCAGGCUUGGCAGAGUGGCUGUUGUCGCCAGUCUCAGAGUUUCACCGGAUGUCUCACCUGUCCUCAAACCACAGCGUCAGGUUUGAGUCCAGCAAUGUGGCGUAUGGGCGCUCCACGUGGCAGUCGUCGACGGGAUCCCAUGCAACAGACCUUGGUCAGGGAUUCUUCACAGGUGGCUAUUAUUACUGGUCGUUUCGCAAGGUUGACGAGGAAUGGAAGAUCUCGUUCCUUUUUCUCGACAUGACUUGGACGAGCGGGGAGUUUCCUGGCACCCCGGCGAAGUGA